GUUUUAGUUUUGGCUGCCUGGUGACAUUCCUGUCACUCAGAUAAAACAGAUCUCUGCAGCUCAGAUUUGCUUUCAUAACAUUUGAAGAGCUUAAAGAUCAGACGAAGACAUUGCUAUUAGACAUCUGUUCAUCACAAUAUAUCACUAUGGAGUACUCUACAAAAACCCUGGCUCAGGGCUGCUUUGGGAAAAUAUAUAAGGAGAAGUUUGGAGAUGGAUGGGCUGCUAUAAAGAGAGUCCCUGAAUUGCACAUCAAGAAAGCUGAUAUGGACAGAGAAUGCGAAGUAUUUAAUAAUGCUCGGCAUCCUAAUGUGGUGAGGCUUCUUGGUGACCCUUGGGUUAAAGACUCUAAGUGGCACAUUCCUAUGGAAUUCAUCAGUGGAGAAGAUCUUGAGACAACCAUCUUUGAAUCAGCAAACUCCAAAAUACUGUUGACUCCAGCAGUGAAAGCCACAAUCAUUAUUGGUAUGUGUGAAGGUUUGCAUCAUCUUCACAGUAAAGACAUCGUCCACCAAGACCUUAAACCUGAUAACAUCAUGGUUGAGGAUGAAACCCAUCGUGCUGUGAUCAUUGACUUGGGGCCUGCAAAGUUCUGCAAAGAUGGACUCAGCUCUGCAAUAAACUUGGGGAAUGAAGCAUACUCAGCUCCAGAGAUCCUGCAGAGAAAUGGGGUUCGUGACAAGCGAUCAGAUGUUUGGGCCAUGGGUAAAAUCAUUGCUGAACUCUGUGCCAGGGUCAGGUUACCGACUCAAUAUCUGUGUGCCAGCAAAAUUCAGGAAACUCUUAAAACAGAUCAAGCAUACUGUACACCAGUGUCCAAGAUGGUGGAGACCAAUCCAGAUUACAGAGUUAAUAUGGAUCAAAUCCUCCCAGACAUUAGGAAAGCUGCUUCAGCUUUGCUAAUGGACAGCAAGCCAAGAGACUUCACUGUACCACAGAGAAAUGAAAUGAGAGGAAAUGCUAUGGAUGCAGUCUUCCCAGACAUUAGGCGAUCUGUGUUUGCUUCACAUAUGGACAUAAGAGAUGGCACUGCAACACAGAGAUAUGCAAUGAUGGGAAAUGCUAUGGAUGAAACCUUCCAUAACAUGAGAACAUCUGCUUUAGCUCAACACAUGGACAUAAGAGAUGAAAUGCAGAGACAUCAAAUGAUGUUAAAUCAGAGUUUGGGUCUGCGAAGAUCUCCUAUGUUAAAUGUUCAGCAUGAACCAUUUCAACAGUGGGGAAUGGGAAGGGCAGCAGACUUCGCAGUUAGAGGCGAUGGCGUAAUCAAUCAGAUGUCCCACAUGUCAAUGACCGGUGAAGUGAGUCAUCAAAGCUUUAAAGAGGAAAAAGUAGCUAUGAAAUAUGAAAAGGUUCAAUCAUCUGGAGGAACAUCCUUUAGCUAUAAUAAAGUACACACGAGUAAACAAUUUUCAGAGAAGUGGUGAUUGUUGUCUUAAAAAAGAUUUAUUUACAAAGGUGUAUUUACUGUAUAAGGUUUGGUGCACGUGUUUGACUCACUACCAUAUAUGUUUUUGUUGUUAUUUGAAUGUCUCGAAGUGUAUAAGGUUUGGUGCAUGCACUGUACACUAUUUAACUAAACUGUAAAACACAUCUUCAUAUGGAUUGUAGGCAAAAAAUUAAAGAUUUAUGGUAACACACAGCGCUUCUGUCUUCAUUAUUAUACUCCAUGUAAAUACAAUAUGUUUUUAUUAUAUUACAUAUAACAAAUAAACAUUACAAAUCAUAUUGAGAAUAAUAGAACCAACAACCAUGGAAUCUGCUAGUUUCUCUAUCUUAUAUGUAAAAACUGCUAGUACAGUG